GGUCAAGACUUGAAGAGCUCGACCCGUUGACAUUCACGGACUUCAAGUGGAUGCCCGUUCCCUCGACCGGACGAUUGCCGAAACCGCAUUGCAAUGUGCUUAUGGCACAAUUGCGGGAUUACUUGCACACUGUAGUACCAACUCCGUUGAUGGACGCCGGAGCAGAGGUUGUCGACCUUCACGCUUACAUCGCGAAGAUCGACCGCGAGUUCAAGACGCAACAGUACGACGACAUCGACGCACCAUUGCUCUACGUACGCAUUCAUAUCGAAGAGGCGACCUGUUGUGCCUUGAUCGAUUGCGGAGCAUCUCGCAACUACAUCAGCCAGGACUUCAUGGUGCGCACCGGCCUUGGCCCACGCGUCCGAAGGAAGCCCCAGCCUACGCAAGUCACUUUUGCGGACGGUCACACGCACAAGUCAAUCGACCGGUGCAUUGACAACGUCCCAGUGUACUUUGCCCCUCACACAAGUGAGGCGGUGUCCUUUGACAUUUUGGACACCAAAUUUGACAUGAUCUUGGGCAUGUCAUGGCUGCGAAGCGAGGAUCACCCGGUGAACUUCUUCCACCGCACCGUUCACAUUCGUGAUCAGAACGGAGUACUAGUUCCAUGCAUGGUGCCUCUUCCUCAUCCUUCAAUCAACUGCCACGUGGUAUCCGCUGCAAGCAUGCGAGCUUCCAUCAUCAGAGACGAUAUCGAGGAGAUGGGGAUGUGUUUUCUCCACGCCCUCCCGUCCCAUGACGCUUCAUCGACGGACUCACCUUCGGAUCCACGCAUCACCAAGCUUCUCAAUGCCUACAGCGACGUGUUCGAAGGCCCGCACGGAGUAGUACCGGAUCGACCCAUCCGCCACGAGAUCAUCCUCGAGGACGGGGCCGUACCUCCGCGCGGUUGCAUCUACCGAAUGAACGAGGAAGAGUUAAGUGUGCUUCGGGCACAACUCGACGACCUUCUAAAGAAAGGCUGGAUUCGGCCUAGCUCAUCGCCAUACGGUGCUCCUGUUCUCUUCGUCCGGAAGAAGAACAAGGACCUGUGGUUAUGCAUCGAUUAUCGCAAGCUCAACGCGCAGACGAUCAGGAACGCCGGCCCUCUCCCACGCAUCGACGACCUUCUCGAGCGAUUGGGCGGCGUCCAGUUCUUCUCUAAGUUGGAUCUCAAGUCAGGGUACUACCAACUCGAGAUUCGCAAGGAGGAUCGCUACAAGACCGCAUUCAAGACACGGUAUGGGCAUUUCGAAUGGCUGGUCAUGCCAUUUGGCCUUACGAAUGCCCCAGCCACUUUCCAAGCGGCUAUGACAACGGAGUUCCAACACAUGCUGGAUCGGUUUGUAAUCAUCUACCUCGACGACAUCUUGGUGUAUAGUCGGAGUUUGGACGAGCAUGUGGAACACCUGCGCACCGUUUUGAAGCGGCUACGACAAGCCAAGUACAAAGCAAACCAAGACAUUGUCAGCGACCGCGACACUCGUUUCAUGUCGGCGUUUUGGACUGCUCUCAUGCAGGAGUCCGACACAACAAUGAAACCAAGUUCGGCUCGGCAUCCUCAGACAGACGGGCAGACGGAGCGGGGACAUCAAACCGCUCAAAUGAUGCUUCGUACGCUCAUCCGUCCGGACCAGAAAGAUUGGGUUGACCGCCUCCCCGACAUCGAGUUCACCUACAACACUUCGGUGCACCCGGCGAUCGGCGUGACUCCAUUCGAGUUGCACCACGGUGGACGGAAAGGUCGUAUCUUCGCCGACCUUCUCCUCCCUCGAUCAGCCGACAUUGAUGCUGCCUGCUCUCCCGCUUCCGUCCGGAAGUGCAAGGAAUUGCUGACUCAAGCCCGCACAAAUAUGCAAAAGGCUCAAGUCCGCAUGCAGCGGCAAGCCAACAGGCGUCGCGUACCAUGUCCCAUCCGCGCCGGUGAUCUGGUUUGGGUCUCCGCGGAAGAGUUUGCACUGGAACAGGAUGGUUCACGCAAACUGCUUCCCAAGUGGUUUGGACCUUGGUCUGUGACAGCAGCCGCGGGCGAUGAGCCUGAUGGCCCUUCAUUUGUGAUCAACAUUCCAGAGCAUCUGACGGUCCAUCCGGUCUUCCACGCCUCGAAGCUGGCAACAUACACGCCAGACAAGAGCGACGACUUUCUGGGCCGACGAUCGCAGGACCGUCCUUCUAUGGAUGGUCAUCAGGAAGUUGGCCGCGUCAUCUCCGAUCGCAAGUACGGCAGCAAGCCGCGGCAGUACAAAGUCACAUUCAAAGCAUGCGAUCGCGACAACACUCGGUGGAUUUCAGGCGCAGAUUUGAAAGCAUCCGCACCGCUGAUCUACGCGAAUUAUGAAAAGCGCAGGUUAGCUCAGGAAGCUUCACGACCAGCCCCUCCCACCCGGACUGUGGUCCCUCCCUCGGACAGACAGCUUCGCCCUCGCAGGUAAGCUCGGUUCUUCAAGGAGGGGGGGGGGUGGCAUACUGCGUAGCCACACGGGCCCUGCAGGGCCCGUCCCGGACAUUCAGCCUA